AUGUCCUCCGACGAACAAUUCGAGGACUUUGAUACUUCAAGUAGUCCUCUAUUUGAGCAAGAGCUCGUGAGUCCCAAGGGUGACAUCCUGCCAUACAUCGGAGUGUUGCUUUACAUUAUCGAGCAGAUAUUACUGUUUUUCAACUCUCCAGCAUUUGAGACCAUUGUGAAUACUAUCCAACAGAUUGUUCAAUGGAUUAUAGGUCUAUUUUCGCUGAUUUCACUUUUAGGAUACCACGGAGUCCAAAGCAAAAUAGUUGACCAAUACAUUAGCAGCACAUCGUUCUUUGUGGCCACAACGCAUGAUGCUUCCGAUUUAUUCAAUAACCGUAUUCACUUGGCUAUACUAUUGAUCAACUUGUUCACCAAGCAGGAUGACGCUCCAAAGAAAGAAAUAGACUGGAAAAAGAUUAUCUUACAGAUCCUCCUUUGGAUCAUCCAGAGACUAUUAGACGACCAAAACAACAAAAACGGCAACGGCAACAAUCCGAAAGCUUCAAACGCAAACUCAUUUUUGGCAGUGAUUGUAAAAGCGCUCUCAAUAAUUGUUUGUCUACGUUACCUUUUGACUUAG